CUUCUAGCAAAACGACUGAUAAGACAAGCGUGUGGCUAAAAAGCUACGAGGUAACUACGCGCUUGGUAUAAUUUUCUUAAAUCUAUACACUCGGUUUCUCAUUUUCGAUCUUAUCAUUGCUAUACCACGAGCAGCGAUGAUCAGGUAUUUUCCAACAGAUCAGCCAUGGUUCACUGUAAACUUGACGCAAGUCGCGAGGACCCAGCCAGGCGCCUGUCAUGAGGUUCAAGAAAGAGAGUGGCGAACAUAUGGGCCACCGCCACCAAAUUUCUGGGUCGCUCCCAUGGGUUCACCGGAUGCGACUCAGCAAAGAUACUUCGUGUAUGGUGACCGUUCUAUUCAGGCGGUAGAUGAAGGCUUGAAAGAAAACGCUCAGAAACCAACAAAUGCAGUCUACACGUCCAAGUUCGAGGGUAGGGAGUUCUCCAAAGGAUUUUCCAAGUUUCACCCAUGUUCACCGGAAGGGCGAAACUCUUACCCUCCACCGAACUUCCAAGAGGAGAUGAUCUUCGAUGUUGAGGAUACACCAGGAUUCUUUCAUCCCCCACUUAAAUGCUGGAGAGCCAAAGCUACACCGGAGGCGGUAUUGGAGAGAUCCGAAGCAUUACUGUCUGACGCGAGAUACACGGGAGCCAAUUCGUUAUGCCUUUCCCAUCCCGCUAAUCGGGAUACAGUCAUUUUCAGCGGUGAAGUGGAAGCUUCUUGUGUUGCUCGCUCUUGUGGUUUCAGCCUAAUCAUCAUUUGCUGCUUGACUCGCGCUGAGGGCAUUGGCUGGCAGCGUAUCUAUGACAUGGAAAAUCGCCCACGCAUCUAUUCACGCUGGUCGACCGGACCUCAAGCAACGGGAACACCACUGGUACUAAUGUGUUUGCCAAGUACACCCUUAUCACACGGAGGCGGCAAGGAGAUGCGCAACGUAUUUGCCACAGGCUACGCUUUCCGCAAAAGGAUGACUGACUGGUUUACCAUGAAGCCGACACCAAGGUCAAGCUUUGAGAAGAUACUCAACACAAUAAGUCAUGAGUAA